GCCGCCGGCGGAAGGGAAGCAGCGCCUGCGCGCCCGAGGAACGUGGAAGCGCGGCCGGGGGGCCUUGUCCGAGCGGCGCCGCUUAUGGAGUGCGCCCGUUUGUGGAGCCGGCGGCUGCGGCCCGUCGCGCUGCGCGUGUUCGCCUCGGGGAUCUGCUGCUGCAGCAGCCGCCGCUUCUUGCAACGAGGGCGCGCCGCUUGCUGCUUGCCGGAUGUCGCGGCGUGGGCUGCCGGCAGGCCCGGGAAAUGCCGGCUCGAGCCGGAGGGCAGGCGGACCUUGUUGCGCGCAAGUAAGUCACGCGCUGCCCCAGGCAGGUUCUCCGUCCUGCCCGGGGAUGCUGCGGCUUUGCAGCCCGAGUUUGUUCGUGGUCCUGCAGGAGGAAGUUCCGGGGCGACUUGCUCACCGAAUGAAGAAGCCCAGCCAGGGCUUUUCCUGUCCGAAUGGCUCACGCAGCCUUACCAAGCUCAGCAAAAACCUUUUUACGCACGAAUGUAGUAGAUAGUGGAGCUGGCAUUCAGCAAAAACCUUUUUACGCACGAAUGUAGUAGAUAGUGGAGCUGGCAUUCAGCUAGGUUUUGCUCAAGAGUAGGCCCACUGAAACAAAUGGACCUACCUUAGUGAACCGUUAUUCAUUUGAGUGCAGCUACUCUGAAUAAAAUGGAGACCACUCUGCGUGAGGAAGCGCGCUUGGAGGAAUUUGACCUAGAAAUCCCUUUGCCCAGUGAAAACGGUCAGCGUGGAUGAACAUGGGUGUUAACUGGUCUUCGUUUACUGUUGGGUUGAAAUCUUUGCACCGUGACACUUGAGCCAGAUACAAGUGACAGGAGUUGCAAGUAUCCAUACUUGAAGCAAGGCCCAUUGUGUUUGUGGCACUGAGCCCCAAGUGCGCUGCAAUCCUGUACAUGCUUACCUGGCCUUGUGCCCCAUUGGAGUUGGUAAGGCUUAAUUUCUAAGUAGGUAUACAGAGGAUUGCACUAUAAAAGCACAUUUUGCCCCUCCUUUAAAACACAGUACGAGUAAGUGUGCGCAAAAUGCAGUGCUAUACGUUAAAUGGGCCAGCACCCAUGGGAAGUGCAUUGAAAUGUGUAUGAAACACUUGUCCGUGCACCACACUUCCUGUAUAUUUGCCUCCACGUUGCAUUAGUAAAAAAGAUUUUAGAAGUUGGGAACUUUGUUCUGGUUGACUCUCCUAGCCCCAACUUCAAUUGGUUUUUUUAAUUAGUUACCCAGUACAAAAAUAAAAUAACUUUCCUCGAACCUUAAAGUAAUAGCUAACCUAGUUUGUAUAUGGAGACCUAGUUUGGCAUCAAGAACUGUAAACAUGUUAAUCGGUGCUCUUGCAGUCUAAAGAUGCAAAUAAUAUGCAAAUCAUUGAUCUUGUCAGGAAUGAUGAGCUGUGACUCAUGAUCAAUGUGGUGCUUGUUGCUGAACAUAUAUGAGAUCAGCAAAUAUAUAUAAUUUACAGCUUGGAACUUCUUUUCACCCUCCUUCAGAUGAUCUGUCUCGACACUUUACUACAGACGUGUCUCAAGCCACUUUAGCGAGUGUGGCUCCAGUGUUUUCAGUGGUAAGUACUUCCUCCAGUUGUUACUAUGGGAUGCAGGGCAAGUCUGAAGAAGAACAUGAAAGAUGCCCACAAAACGCUAGCUUUGGGGGUGCAGAGUUGGUUAAUGGCAGCUAGAAACUUAGGGGAAGCUAAAGGAAGAAGACCCCGAGGAGAGACCUGAGAGAGGAACAAGAAAAAAAGCAUAAUGGUGCUGUGGGUUAAACCACAGAGCCUAGGACUUGCUGAUCAGAAGGUCGGCGGUUCGAAUCCCUGCAAAGGGGUAAGCUCCCGUUGCUUGGUCCCUGUUCCUGCCAACCUAGCAGUUCGAAAGCAUGUCAAAGUGCAAGUAGAUAAAUAGGUACUGCUCCGGCGGGAGGGUAAACGGCGUUUCCGUGCGCUGCUCUGGUUCGCCAGAAGCGGCUUAGUCCUGCUGGCCACAUGACCCAGAAGCUGUACGCCAGCUCCCUCGGCCAGUAAAGCUAGAUGAGCGCCGCAACCCCAGAGUCGGCCACGACUGGACCUAAUGGUCAGGGUCUCUUUACUUUUACCUUUUAAAGACAUUGGAGAGAAAAGAAGUAGAUGUAUGGGUGGACUGGGGCUGCUGCCCCACACCCCCAAACACUUACUGGGGACUAAACGUCAAUGAACAUAGUUCAGUUGGUUAGAGCAUGGUGCUGAUAAUGCCAAGGUUGCAAGUUUGAUCCCUGUAUAGAACAGGCAUCUGUCAUGUAUAAUCCAGUUGAGAUUCCUGCAUUGCGGGGAUUGAAGUAGAUGAUCCCCAGGGUCCCUUCCAACUCUGCAAUUCUAUUAUUCUGUUAUAAGCAUGUGUGGGAUUGCCAUAUGGAAAAAAAAUCGUCAUGGAAAUGACUGUUCUACCAACAAAGUUAAUUGAUGCCAUUGCCCAGGAGUGAUUUGGGCUUGACUCAUUUGUGCAUUUUGCUGCUGUUUCCAAUUCACUCUUAUACAUUAAUUUGUGAAGCAUUUUUAACUUGUAAAUAUUGCCCAUCUUCAUUAGACUCGACAGUGGUCACCAGUCUCCCCCUCUUUGUUCAAGGUUGAGAAAAGUGUGCUGCCUUCUAGAAGCACGUGUGCCUUGCACAAGUAAAAGAUGUAUUAUCAUCAUUUCUCACCUUAGAACUACUUCACGAAUGUUCAAAAGGUUGUGUCAUGGGGUGGAAACACCACACCCAGGCAUGGUGAGCCUGUGGCCCUGCAGCUGAUGAAAGGCUGCAACUCCCGUCCUUCCUGAUAGUUGGCAAUGCUGGCUGCUGAGGCUGAUGGGAGCUGGAGCUCAGCAGCAGCUGCAAAGUCUCAGUUCUGCAUACCUAGACUGCAUACAUCUUGAGAUAUAUGUAACCAAGGUAUGAAUUAAGCUGGAUAUUUAAUUCUUUAGAGCAGAAAUGCUGCCUCUAGUAAUAGCAUGGCCAUCUAAAUCAUAUGAAUUCUGUACAUUUUACCUAGUGUUUUUUUAAGAAUGUGGCAAUACUGAUUUUUCUCUCUUUUUUUCUUUCCAGAUGAAAUUCGAUAAAGAAGGUGGUAUAAGCUUUUACGGUAGGUGGAAUUCUAGUCUUCUCUUUACUUCUGAACUCAACAAAGCCUAGACGUUUUGAAGACAUGCUGAUGCAGCAGUGUUGAUUGUUUUCUAUUUGGUUGCUGGAUGCUAAUCCAUAAAUCAUUUUAUCUAUUUAGAGGGCAGUCCUGUGGAAAGAUCUGCCAGGUUGAGCAGCUUAAGAUGCAACGGAUCUUUGGCUCAGCCCAACCCUGGCUCAGCCAAAGAUUCACUGUGGUAACUUGCUCAUUCUGGCUCAGCCAGCUGAGGCCAAUGUAAGUUCCCCAACAGAGGUUGGGGCUGGGCCGGGGUGGUGGUGGAGCUAGUCUGGAUCCUGAUCCCAUUCAGCUUACUCAAAUGACCUGGCAACCAGGCAUAGAACACUAUUUUAAAGAGUUGAUUUCCCUCUGCCAGGCUUAAGCAGAGCAACAGCAGCCCCACGGCUGAACAUGGUUUGGAUCUUACUGGAGUAGCUUAACUUACCCUGGCUUGCUUUAUGCCAGCUUCUUCAAGGAUUGUUCCCUUAGCACAUCUGUUUACCACCUUUUUCUAUAUAAUCAACAUGCCUGACCUGGGGUUUGCAAGCAGGAUCCCAUCCUACCGUAUUUUUCGCUCUAUAACACGCACCCGACCAUAACACGCACGUAGUUUUUAGAGGAGGAAAAUCCGUAGGCAUGCCACCCGUAGGCAUUCCCUCCAUAACACGCACAGACAUUUCCCCUUACUUUCUAGGAGGAAAAAAGUGAGUGUUAUGGUGCAAAAAAUACGGUACUUUUAUUUCAACAAGGUGUCUGUGUCAUGUGGACUCAGACCAUACUCUGGUUCCAUUAAUUUCUCUGGGUCUUGUGCUUGCUGGAGUGAUGCCUUUGAGAAGCUGCUGUGGUCUUUGUUAUCAUUUCACAUCGUUGUGUUGUUGUUUUUUAAUAAACUCCUCCUUGGCAGAAAGAAAGAAAACAGAGCUAUAUCAGGAACUAAGUCUCCAAGCACGAGAUCUACGGUUUCAACAUCAAGUCAGUGUAUCCCCCAGGAACAACAGGAUUAUCAUGAGAAUGGAAGUAAGUGCACCUGAACAAUUCAAUUUUUUUUUAAAAGAAGAAUUUUUAUUAAAGAUUUUCAUGAAAUACAAAAGAACGUGCAAUGUCUCUUUUUUGUUGUUCAGAUUAUAAAGUCUUUUGGUUAUGUUCAGUGUAAGACAAUAUGGUAAACGUGCACACUGUUUUUCCAUUUUUCCAACCUGCUCUAUGUGUGACAUUUUUAUGUCAGCGUCAUUUGGGCAGAUUCUCUUUCUAUACAUUUGUCGGUUUACAUGGGCAGUGAGAGAAGGUUGAGGGGGUGCGAGCAGUUCUGUUUUCAAAAAUAAUUUUCAUAAUUUAACUUCCCAGUUGCAAAAAGUGGUGCUAUAUAUACAGCAGACUACAAUAUGAAAUUCAAUGCUCAUCUUUUUUUUUAACAGCAUCUAAAAUAAAACCAGAAAUUAUUUUUAAAAAAAACAAAAAACAGGUAAAAGCAACAAGGGAUAGAAAACCUAUAAAAUUUAAGCCUACAGAAGAGCAGCAAUAGGAGGAAACCAAACACUAACCAGAUAUUUAGUUCUGCAUUUAUCUGCUACUAUCAGGAAAUCAGCAAAAAACCAACAACACACUAUGUAAAGCCUGCACAAAAAUCCAGGUCUUAACCCUCGCCCUUCCGGUUUUAACUUAAUGAUGGAACAACAAGAAGAAGAAGAGUUUGGAUUUGAUAUCCCGCCUUUCACUCCCUUUUAAGGAGUCUCAAAGCGGCUAACAUUCUCCUUUCCCUUCCUCCCCCACAACAAACACUCUGUGAGGUGAGUGGGGCUGAGAGACUUCAAAGAAGUGUGACUGGCCCAAGGUCACCCAGCAGUUGCAUAUGGGUUUAGAUUGGUUCCCUGGAGUUCCACAGAGUUUGUGCCCAUGAUGUCUUUGUUAGGAUAUUUCCGUCCCACCUUAAAAGGGAGCAGGCUUUGUGAGUCACAGAGUCUGCGUAUUUCCUGUUCACAGGAAGUUUAUGUUGUGUCUAUGCUUUCGUUUCUCUCUCUGUGUCAGAGACACUGAAGCAGGCAGUCAUGUUUUUCUUUGUUCUGACCAAUGCUGAAUAAACUUGUAAAUAAUACUCUCCUGCGUGCAUCUUUCGCUGUGCAUUAUCUGCUGAUAGAGCGUGCAUCGGCUCUGGAAUGUGGCAGGCUAUUUCUGGAGCUCGUGUCGCUAAUUGCUGAUACUGCGUGUCUACAGGAGAUCGAUGGACGUCCGGAGGCGGCUUGGGGGCCAUGAUGGACUUUGUCUCCCUGGCAGUAUCCCACCAGUCUUGGGGGGGGGGGCAGAGUGUAGAAAAUGUCCUCCUGAUGGUGGUGCUGCCCUUGGGAUGGGGCAGUGCAACAGCGGGUUUUGGGGAGCUCCACGUUGGCAGCAACACCUGUGGGGCUGUCACUUCCAACCUGAAGCACCUCAGUCCUCACUCUGCCCCCUUCUGAUGAACUUGCCAGUGGUGGGAGGGUGCCACUGCCCGCCGCACCACCCCCCUCACUUGAGCCACUGCUGGUUGGCACCAUGUAACCGAAAAGUCUGCAAAUAUACAAAAGCCCAACUGAUUUUAUCCUCUGCUUCUUUCAGUUUUUGAAGGCGGUGAUUACACCAGAGUAUCUCCUAAUCCUAGACUAUCGCAAUUUGAACUUGGAAAAAUGGCUCUUCCAGGAACUGGCACCUCAGCUAGCUGGCGACGGUCAACUUGUGACAUAUUCUUUGCCCUUUGAAUUCAGAGCUAUCGAAGCAAUACUACAGUACUGGGUAAGCACCCAUGCAUUUACUGUAUUAAGAGUAAUAAGUUGCUGUGAUCUUGUGCUUGUCAGGAGUUCAGCCUACACUCAAGUAGGACCCUGGUAGAGACACAUGCCCAACUGGCAUGUUCUCUUUCUCCUGGUCAAUCGUUCGGGAGCUUCAAAAGCUUUCUUCAGCCCAAACAUCACAGCGACCGAUGCCAACCGACACCAACACACUUAGGGAUCCGCAGAGUUUGCACAUCAUUCGUAACAGACCUCAGCAACUCAGCAUUUUGGCUAAUCUACUUUAUUUACAUAUAAACACACACGGAGCACUGCAACAUGGCUCCCUCUCUCUAGCAUCAGACAGCAAAGAGAAAAAGAACAAAGGACAACAGUCCCACUUCACGGAACACAGUAACACAAACAUCCUGUCUCCGUCACUUCCCACUCUGUGGAGUCAAAACAUACACCAUCAUGUGAAAGACAACAAUCCCAUGACUGCAGCCAUGGAGCAGGAAUUCUAACAGUGCUGAGGAAGGCUAACUAGGAACAUGGUCUGCCUAUAAGCUGGCCAGGUCCAGCCCUGAUUGACAGCUUUAAAUCUGGCAGAGGUGAAGGAAAGAAGUCUCCACUCUAUUCCAUUACCCUUAUGAGAAGGAGUUUUCACUUUCCUCCAGUUAGCUGUUAGGGCUCCCAGGGCACCCUAAUGGUGGACACAGCACCUUAGCCAGUGAGUGGCUGACACAUUACCUGACCACAUGCCUCAUCCGCAGCCAAGGGAUAGAACUGGCUUAUUUUAUUAAAUAAUGAAAGUGGGUGCAUGUGUUCAAGCUGACUUCCAUCAUACACCAUUUAAAUAUGUUGAUACUUUGCGCCAGUAUGGUUGGUUUAAAAAAUAAAAUAAUAAAAAAAUUUCAAUUUUGAAAGCUUAAACACAUUAACUUCAAAUUCAAUAUACGUUUCUCUUACAAAAUAAACAAGAUGCCUUCCCAGGCUCACCUCCGUGGUGUUUUUGUUCCCACCCAUAUUCUGCUGCGUUGUAUGUCAAGACUAUAUCUAAUACGUAUUUCCUCUUGUUACAUUUAUUGUCAUUCUGAAUCCGCUGCUUUUAAUUCAAGUCCUGCCCACAAUUUCAUUUGACUCCAAUUUCAUUGGAGCCAGUGUGGUGUAGUGGUUAAGAGCGGUAGGCUUGUAAUCUGGUGAACCGGGUUCGCGUCUCCGCUCCUCCACAUGCAGCUGCUGGGUGACCUUGGGCCAGUCACACUUCUUGAAGUCUCUCAGCCCCACUCACCUCACAGAGUGUUUGUUGUGGGGGAGGAAGGGAAAGGAGAAUGUUAGCUGCUUUGAGACUCCUUCGGGUAGUGAUAAAGCGGGAUAUCAAAUCCAAACUCUUCUUAUAGUUCUUUCUCAAGUAUUCCAAAAAGGGUUUCCAUUCUUCAAUAAAAGGUUCAUUAUUUUGGUCUUGCACUCUUGCUGCCCGCUUUGCCAGUUCUGCAAAGUCCAUUGGCUUUGCAAUCUAUUCCUAUUUGUUUGGGACUUUUUAUUCCUUUCAGUGCUGCUCAUAUAGGAUUCUGGCAGCUGUUGUUACAUACAUAAAUAGUUUAAUCAUAUUCUUUGGGGCACUUGUCCCCAAUAUCCCUAGAAAUACUUUGCUACAGUAUUUGUGUUUCUGGAUUGCUGAUUUUGCUGGGAAAUGCCUGUCAGCUUCAGGGAUUUCAGGAGUGUCUGACUGUGUUGCCUGCUUUGCUGAGCAAGAGGCUUCAAUGACCCAAGACAUUCUAAAAGGAUUGUUUUGAUUCUUAUGAAGGAUCCUGUUGUUAUCUAGAUCAGCUACCUGCACGGGAGACUUAACAACCUGCAGCCUCAGAUUCUUGAGACCCUGGAUGCUUUAGUGGACCCUAAGCUUUUAUCUGUUGAUAGGAGCAAAGUCCAUGUCCUAUUGCAAAAUGGAAAGAGGUAAGAGAGACUUCCUUCCUAUUUUUGAAUGACCUACUUGGACAUUUCUGUAUGAAACCUGAGUUUUGAGCUAUGCAAUAGUUGAAUCUUGCACAGGCACACUAUUCACCUGGGAUGGAGGCGCUCUAGGGUCAAAUCCCAAAUCUGAAAUGCUUAGCAGCUGUUACCUCACUUGUAAAAGAGGAACCCUAAACUUGUUCUUGCUGCAACAGGCUAACAUGGCAACCUGUCUGGAAAUUACUCCUUCACAUGAUGGUUGUGAAGAUAAAAAAGACUGUAUAAUAUGAAUGGAGAAGAGAGUGUGUGCUAUGCCUAGCUGUAGAAGCGAAACCUAAUCUGCAUGUAAAUCCUUUGUAGAAUUGAGGUACCAUUUGUUUUUAUAGAUGAAAAUGCUUACAAAGUCCUCUUCCCCCUAAGCAAGUCCACAAAGUUACCCAUGAAAAUGCAAAAGAAAUACCAAAAAAACCCCCCAAAUUAACCCAAUCCUAAAAUAAUCAGAAAAUAAAAAAGCAGCAAGCUGGUGUUAUUAAAAAACAACAACCCACUAACAGUUACAUUAUAAAAUGGUCCUUUAUUAAAAGACCUGGGGAAGAGAACAGUUUGAACCUGGUGCAUCACUGAUGCUAAUGUAGGUCUGCAACUCGGGGGCCACCACUGAAAAGACUAUUCCUGGUCACCAACUGCUUCACUUCUGAAAGUAGGGUCUCUUAGAGAAGGGCCUUCCACAGAUUUUAAUGAACUUGCAGGGUUCAUAUGGGGAAAGGUGUUCAUCAAAAUACCCAGUUCCCAAGCCAUAUAGGGCUUUAUAGCAGAUAUAAGGAACCUAUAGCCUUCUGGACAUAGUUGGACACCUAUCGGCCCCAGACAUCAUAGUCAAAGAUUGGGGGUGAUGGAAGUUGUAUCCCAGCAAGAGCUAAAGGUCCACAGAUAACUCUUCCUCUGUGCAUGCAGAUCUCCUAUGAAAUGGCACUUGACUGUCAUCUUGGUGGUAGCAGUUGGUUUUUAAUUCUUCCCCCUUUGCUUUUAGCUUGUCAGAGUUAGAAACAGAUCUUAAAGUUUUCAAAGAGACCCUCUUGGAAAUCUUAGACGAGGAAGAAGUGCUGGAAGAACUGUGCCUGUCUAAAUGGACAGACCCCCAAGUAUUGUAAGUAUACAUUGGGAUGCUUACGUUGGGCAAGGCUUUUGUAUCCGAGGACUAUGUAUGGGAUUAGCCACAUAAACAUUGUGAAAGUUUGGGUAUAGGAAGUGGCAUUUCCUGCAUCUCUGUAAACCAUCUAGAUGUCUUUUUUCCUAGCAUUCAGUUUUGGGAGAGGACUAGCUGCACAGAAUGCUGCUGCUUUUGUAAGAACAGACAUUCCAACAAGUGCUGUGGUGGCACCAAGUUGCAAAAGAAAUGUUUUGUCAGCAGCCUAGGUGGUAUGGCAACUAUUGCAAUUGUGGACUAAAUACCUUAUUUCUUAAAGGUAAAUUUACAGCCAGUUAUAGGCUAUCAGCUGCUUCAGAUUGUUGAACAGAUACUCUAUAUAUUUUGAGUUUUGGUUUAAAUUGCUUUGUAUGGUGUGCCAACACUAAAGGCUAGGAAUUAGGGUGGGAGAUGAAUUUUGGUCUAGGCUUCCACUUGGGAGGGAUGCAGCUUGUCGAUUUUUGGUAUGCUGGCAUUUUAAUUAGAUCUAUUGUUGUUGUUGUUAUUCACAGUGAGGAGAGUCUGUCUGGAAUUGACCAUGCGGAGGAGAUGGAGCUGCUAUUGGAGAAUUAUUACAGGCAGGCAGAAGAUCUUCUCAAUGAUGCUCGUGAGCUUCGGGUAUUGAUUGAUGAUUCUGAAAGCAUCAUCUUUAUCAACUUAGACAGGUUAGCUGCACGUUACAUUCUGCCCACUAAAAUUUUAGAUGCACCUUCUGGAGGGCAUUUGAAACUUGAGCUCGGUGGUGUUUAUGUUUAUGAAGCUUCUCUUCAUAUCAAGUUGAACAGAUGAGUUGAAUUCUAUGCCGAUAAAAUGUGUUUUGUUAUUUCAUUAAGUCUGAAGUAACUCCAUGUGUUCUAAUCUGAAUUCCCAGGCCUGUCUGGGUUCUGGAUGAAAAAGAGGUAGACUAUUCUGAGAUACUUGGAUCUGUGAAAUACUAACUAGCCUUUCACUCCUCUUUAGCCACCGCAAUGUGAUGAUGAGGCUGAACUUGCAGUUGACCAUGGGUACUUUCUCCCUCUCCCUCUUUGGAUUGAUAGGAGUAGCUUUCGGCAUGAACUUGGAAUCCUCAUUCGAAGAGGUAAGGCACUGUUGAAAAAAGGGUUUCAUUUUUCUCUUAUGAAACCACACACAGUUCCCAAUUCUGAUUGUAAAUGAAUCGCAUGAGAUGUACCAUUCAUUCUGGAUGUGCAACUUCUCAUCCACAUCCAUAUCAAAUAGGAAGGUGAAGCCUUGUGCUUAGUAAUCAGUGUUUAUCUAUAGACUACUCACAUCUUUAGGAAACAGUUGGAGAUAUUUCUCUUUAAUUGGGCUUAAAAAUUGCAUCGUUUUAUGAAUGUGCAGUAUCCUUAUGUAUUUUUGCAUCAUAAAGUGUUUCAGCUUUACAAGUGAGUGAACUAGAUCAAAUGCAUAGAAGACUGAAGCGUUUGCCUGGGGUCUGAAAACACAGAAGUUCAGUACAAUCUACUGUGACUUAUUUUGGGGGCGCUUGUCUAAAGAAAGGAACUUCCCAGCUCCUUUUCGGCACUUGACCAUCUCCCCGCCCCCCUUGUCGUUCAGCAAAAUCUCUAGCUAGUUUGGGAGCUUCAGCAUAGGGGAGAGGAGAGGAACCCGCCAUUGUGCGGGGGACCCCACUUUGAAUCAGGGGACAGUACCCAUAGCCCGGGGUGCGAGUGGCGCUGUGGGUUAAACUACAGAGCCUAGGACUUGCCGAUCAGAAGGUCGGCGGUUCAAAUUUCCGCAACGGGAUGAGCUCCCGUUGCUCGGUCCCUGCUCCUGCCAACCUAGCAGUUCGAAAGCACGUCAAAGUGCAAGUAGAUAAAUAGGUGCCGCUCUGGCGGGAAGGUAAACAGCAUUCCCGUGCGCUGCUCUGGUUCACCAGAAGCAGCUUAGUCAUGCUGGCCACAUGACCCGGAAGCUGUACGCCGGCUCCCUCAGCCAAUAAAGCGAGAUGAGCGCCGCAACCCCAGAGUCGGUCACGACUGGACCUAAUGGUCAGGGGUCCCUUUACCCUUUACCCAUACCCCACAUUAAGCCUUAAAUGCAAAUUUGCUCAUAAAUCCAGUUGCCGGGCUGUGCAUUAAGGUCUCUUCCCAAUUGCCCUCAGCUGGAAAAAGUGUAAUCUUGGGAGAUAGCUUGCUUUUUCAAAGUGGUGAAAAUAAAAUGACGUGAUAAGGGUUUGAAGAGUUGUGAUUUCUCUGAAAGAAUGAUUUGCAUCGUUAACUAUACAUUUCAACUUUAUCUAGGACCGCAGAAUGUUUUGGCUGGUGACAGGACUUAUGUUUCUGGGCAGCGGCCUAAUUUGGCGGCGUCUGCUUUCCUUUCUUGGGCGACAUCUGGAACCUUCAGUGCCUCCACCAGUGAGUAGGACCUCUCUGAAAGUUACACUGUGCCACCACCUUUGUCUCUCCCCAAUUUGCCAGUUUCUCAGACUCUUCCCUGUGCAUGUCUGCAAAGAAGCAGCCAGGGGCCGAAGUGUGCAACAGUGUUCACCUUGAAGUGACUAGAAUAGAGACUGCAGUAAAUAAGGGAUAAAAUUCCAAGUCUUGAUGCCUGCUCUGCCUGGAGAGCCAUGGGAAUUCCCUGUCACUUCACUUCUCGCAGUGAGGGAACAGCCAGAAGACCAGCGUCCAGACUGAAUGACAGGGUGGAGGCACUCCUUCAGGUAUACAGGGCCGAAGCCAUUUAGGGCUUUAAAGGUCACUUUGAACUGUGCUCAGAAACGUACAGUGGUACCUCGGGUUACAUACGCUUCAGGUUACAGACUCCGCUAACCCAGAAAUAGUGCUUCGGGUUAAGAACUUUCCUUCAGGAUGAGAACAGAAAUCGUGCUCCGGUGGUGCGGCGGCAGCAGGAGGUCCCAUUAGCUAAAGUGGUGUAAGUACUUAACCCGAGGUACCACUGUACUAGGAGCCAAUGUAGGUGUUAUUUCGGGACUGGUGUUAUAUGGUCCUAGCAGCUGCUCCCAGUCACCAGUCUAGCUGCCGCACUCUGAAUUAGUUAUAGUUUCCGAGUUACCUUUCAAGGUAACACCACUGAAGUCUUCCUUUAGUGGAUUUCAGAGUUCUUUUGUGCUGACUACUGAAUUGUUUUCCCAUCCUACCUCUUCUUCUUCUUCUUCUUCUUCUUCUUCUUCUUCUUCUUCUUCCACAGAUCCCUGCUCUGCUGAAAAGAACUCAGCCAGCAAAUGGGAAGGUGGAAUAUAAAAGCGAUAUUAAAACAGAACCCCUUGGGUCAAGUAGAAGCACACUGACUAACCACUGACCGGACCUCAGUACUGGUAGAUCUGCAAUAACUGAACUUUAGACUGUGUUCUCUUGUAAUACUGUAGCAGGGAUUUCUCCUUUGACUCUUAAUGACAUGCCAAAGAUGUACAGCUGAGACCACCAAAACCUGAAGCUUUGCCGAGAGAAGAGUGCAGUCGACUUUUGUGCACCACGGUAGGAAUCAGAAUUCCACAAGUCAGCUGGAUGAGCUGAAGGUGCUUUUCAUCUGAUGUCUCCUGUAGGAAAUUCCGUUUGGUGUAAUCUUUACGGAACACAAGAAAAUGGGUAAUAAUGAUUUCCUCCCUCCAAAGAAUGCAAAAUCCAAUCCAGAAAUCUUACUGUAUGUUCUGUAAAUGCUGGUUUUCACACUUUAUCACUUCAUGGGUAAAGUUUAUAGAUAGUGGAAAUGUGGCUGUCCAUACUGUCCUUAAACAGUGUGCUUCCUGUAUGUAGAAAGUUAUGUUCUCAUAAGAAGAUUAGACGAUUUCAUGCGAGAGAGGGCUACCAGUGGCUGCUAGCCAUGAUGGCUAUGCUCUGCCUCCAUGCUUCCGAAUGCCAGUUGCUGGAAACUACAGGAAGGGAGAGUUGUUCCUGUUCUCACGUUCUGCUUGCUGGUUUCCCACAGCAUCUGGUUGGCCACUGUGAGAAUAGGAUGCUGGACUAGAUGGGCCAUUAGCCUGAUCAAGCAGGCUUUUCUUAUACAGUGGUACCUCAGGUUACAGGCGCUUCACAUUACAGACUCCGCUAAUCCAGAAAUAUUGCCUCAGGUUAAGAACUUUGCUUCAGGAUGAGAACAGAAAUCGUGCAGCGGCAGCAGGAGGCCCCAUUAGCUAAAGUGGUGCUUCAGGUUAAGAACAGUUUCAGGUUAAGAACAGACCUCCAGAACGAAUUAAGUUCUUAACCUGAGGUACCACUGUAUUCUUUAAGAGAUUGUGAGGACAGUGUUAAUAAAACGCCUCCUGAAAAAUCAAGCUUAUCCUCUUGACUACAGUGAAAUACAGUGGACGCUUGGGUUGCGAAUGUGAUCCAUGUGGGAUGCACAUUCGCAACCUGCAGUGUUCGCAACCCGUGUCUGCGCACAUGCGGGUUGCGAUUCAGUGCUUCUGCGCAUGCACAAAGCGCAAUUUCUCAAUUCAGUGCAUGCACAACCACCGAAACUUAGAAGUAACCUGUUCCAGUACUUCUGGAUUUCUGUACCUUAUUUUGGCAAGGGCAAUGAGACUUUAAAAACACUGGGUUUCCUUGUCUGCUUAGUUGUAACUUAAGUAGAUGAAAUUCUAUUCCCUGGGUAACGUAAACUAUCACUACCUGUAGGCUUUUAAGUUGGUGCUUUAACUCAAAAUGGUCCCGUUGAAGAUGAUACAACUUGCUGUAUUUUAAUUUGUUCAUUUGGCCAACUGUAGAGGGGAAACACACAGGGAAGCCAACAGGAUUUAUUGGGCUCGGUAUACUGUAUGCAGAUUGGGCAUCCACACAACCUGCAAUCUAUUGGCAAGAAAUGCUGCUUUUGUACAUAUAUUAAUGUAGCCUAGCCUACCUCACAGGGCUGUUGCUAAUUAUUUGAUAAUAAAUUAUGUCUUACCUAGCUUUUACCAUAAGGUCCCAGGGCAGGUUACAACUAUGUAAAAUUCAUUUUUAGAACAGUUUAGAAAACAAAUCACAGUGGAAUAGGGUGGGUCCUAUUGCAGAGAUUAAAGGUGGGGAGGGGAGGAUAAUGCACACAGCCUUGACCUCUUGCGUGGGAAAGCAAGGUCCAAAUAUACAAUGUUGUUCACAGCAGCCCUCUUUAAUGCCAGCAUUUCAUAGUUCUGCUAUUAUUAUUAUUAUUAUUAUUAUUUUAUUUUAUUUGUACUCCGCACUCCCCGGCCGGAACUGGGCUCAGAGCGGCUAACAUCAUAUAAAUAAUACAAUAUGCAAAACCAAAAUACAGCAUUUGGCAACCCUGAUAAAAAAGCAAAUAAUAAUAAUAAUACUUCUUAAGUUAUGCACAGUUUCACAACUUUGGUGUCUGAACUACCAACUCAGCCUAGCCUGUCUCACAACAGGGGUGUUGUGGAGAUAAAAGGGGGAAGACAACAGGCAACAAAUGUGUGUAAUUUCACAACUCUCAGAAAAACAUACACAUAACCGUAAUAAACAAAAAGGUGUUCCUAUUAAAAGUACAAUCUAUAGGAAUUUUACCUUGCUGCAAGCUGUAAGGUAUUUGCUGAUUCAUUUUGGUACUUUAUAUUUUUGGUUAUGGUUGCUGUAUAUUAAUAAAUAACACUCCAGUGACGAAAAGCAAAUCAAUGGAUGGGGGAACAUGGAAAACCAGGGUGGGGAGAGAUUGCAAUAGCACCAUUUUUUUCUUAAAAAGAAGGAACCCUCGUUUAUUUAAGGGAGAUUAUUUUUCAGCAAAAUACACCCAAGCCGGCAGCUUGUGUUUUCCUCUGUAAAGGCAGCACACUUGGGAAGUGAAUGAAAUCAUGUGGAUGGGGAGGGUACUUGAACAAACAUACACCUGAGACCCAAGUGAGAGUGAUCAGCAUUUCUUCUUCAGAUUGCUUACCAAUGGUGAAUAAGCAUUCUUAGCAGUGGUGCGGCCUGCGAAGUACUGAAGCCUUAGAACUGCCUCUGCGCUUUGCCUUCUAACUUUCUUCAGACAUGGCCAAUUGCCCUAUGUUUCUUUUUCUUUUAAUUAAAAAAAAUGUAAGCGACAGGGGCCCUGUUGGCUCAGGGCCUGUUAUGUGUGUACCCGCUGAACCUCAUCAGAAGCCCCAAUCCUACAAAACCAGGGAGAAGAGCCAUCAAUCCCAAGACUUCUAUUGAAAGCAAAGUAACAAAACCAGAAGAAACAUCAAUCUGUGGCACAGUUAGUAGUUUACCUUCUAACUUUCUGAUAACAUCUAGAAUGAUGGCAAAGUUCAGAAUGAAUAUGAAAUACCACUCAAAGGGGAAUAUCUGUUUUUAUUACAUUGCACAUGGGAUAAGGUUUAAAAAGAAAAAUCAAGACAGCACAUUCAUUAAUCAUUAGCCUAAAUAGCACAGAGAGAAUCUGGAGAAAUAGUUUGUCAUUAGAUUACAUUUGAUUAAAUAGGAAGCAGCCUUUGCACCAACCAGCUUGCACUAUUCGUUCAUCUAGCCCAGUAUUGUCUGUGUUCUAACAGGGUCCUACUACAAGAUCCUUUUAAUGGGAGCUACCAAGAAUCGCACUUGAGACCUUUUGAGCUACAGAAGCUAUUUAAAUAGGUGUAGAAGCUGAGUGAAUCUUGUGGGUCAGCUUCUAAAUCCUCCUGAAUUUACCAUGCAAUUGUGUGCAAUUCCAUGCAUGAAGGUUUUCUUAAUAUCAGAAAAAAGUGUUACAUGCUUGUCACUGGCUUUACCUAGGAAGUACCAUGGCCUAUAGUUUCAGUUGCAGUCCUACGCACCUAUGAAUUAAGUCCCAUUGGACUUGACUAGAAGGAAGAGGCAUCUUACUGGUUGGUGGACAGAAUCCUAACAGGAGAGCACUUUAAAUCAUCACCCAUUAGCCCAUUAGACAUCAGUGAUAUUCAAGGUUGAACAACUGCUCUUGCUGCCAUGUAGAUGUUAGUAACUCAGCAUGGGCGAUUUAUGUUUUGGCAGAAGAGGGAUAAAAAUGCAAUUCCACUUCUUUUCAGACAGAUGUAUCGGAGCCUGGCCUAAUUUGAGAAGAAACGGUCCCACUUCCAAGUACAGGUUAAAGAAGUGGUUCAUUUCAAAUCAAGGUUGGAAUCAAUAGCGAGGCUUGGGGAAAUGUGCUCUUGCCAAACUGUCUUCUGUGCAACUCCACAUUUUCAUUGGGGCUUCCUUCUUCAAUCUACUCCAUUGCAGUGUAUAUUGCAAUAAAUACUUU